AUGUUCUUCACACUUGUCAUUUUCGCAGGCCUGAUCCUCCUAUUCUACUACAAUGUCCAGCAAAAGUACAAAUAUUUCAAAAUCCGGGGCAUUCCGUACGCGAAGCCGUCGUUCCUGCUCGGAAGUGGCGCACCGCUUGUUCUCAAGAAGAAAGACAUGCUCCGUCACAUACAGGACCUCUACCAGACCCACCCGCAGGCAAAGAUCAUGGGUCUGUUCGACUUCACCGCGCCGGUGUGGAUGGUUCGCGAUCCGGACACGAUCAAGCAGCUGGGCGUGAAGGACUUUGACCACUUCAGCGAUCAUACGCCGAUCUACACGCGCGGAGACGUCCAGGACAUGGGCACGGAGAGCCUAUUCGGCAACUCGCUGCUACUGCUGCGCGGACAAAAGUGGCGCGAUAUGCGGGCAACGCUGAGUCCGGCCUUCACCGGCAGUCGGAUGCGGGAGAUGUUCGAGUUGGUGUCCGAAUGUGCGCGGUCGAUGGUGGAAUACUUCGGCGAGGAGGCCCGGGCUGGGAAACGGCUGGAGUACGAGAUGAAGGACGUGUUCACGAGGUUCAGCAACGACGUGAUCGCUUCGGUGGCGUUCGGGAUCAAGGUGGAUUCACUGCGCGAGCAGGACAAUGAGUUCUUCGUGAACGGGAAAGAACUGAUGAACUUCAGAGACAUGAAGACGGUGGCGAAGGUGCUGCUGAUGCGGAUGUUUCCACGGAUGAUGAUCAAGCUGAAGGCGGACAUCUCGAGUGCGGAGAUGAAUGCGUACUUCAGGGGAAUGAUCAUGGACAACAUGCGGCAACGUGAGGCUCAUGGGAUCGUGAGACAUGACAUGAUCAAUCUACUCAUGCAAGUGAGACAGGGAACGAUGAAGAAUCGGAAAGAAGACCUGGAGAGCACAAACGCUGAAUUUGCAGCGGUUGAAGAGACCAGCGUUGGAAGUCGAUCGCACAAUCGUGUAUGGUCAGACAACGAACUGGCCGCACAGUGCUUCCUGUUCUUCAUAGCUGGUUCGGAGACCGUAUCGACGUGUCUGACAUUCCUAGCCUAUGAGCUACUCAUCAAUCCGGAUGUCCAAGAAAAGCUGUACCAAGAAAUCAUGGAAGUCGAACGAUCGCUCGGUGGCAAAUCCGUUGGCUACGAUCAACUGCAAUCGAUGAAAUACAUGGACAUGGUAGUCUCCGAAAACCUUCGUCUGUGGCCUCCGGCACCGUUCUCUGAUCGGUAUUGCGCGAAGGACUAUCGUUAUGAUGACGGACAAGGAACCCGGGUGACGAUCGAGAAAGGUCAAAUUGUGUGGUUUCCGACGACGGCUCUGCAGCACGAUCCGGAAUAUUUCCCGAAUCCCUACAAGUUUGACCCGGAGAGGUUCAGUGAACAGAAUCGGGACAAGAUUAGGAGCGGGACCUAUCUACCAUUUGGGAUCGGUCCAAGAGCCUGUAUUGGAUCGAGAUUGGCUUUGCUGGAAGUUAAGGUGGUUGCGUACUAUCUGGUGAAGAAUUUCAGGCUAGUGAGAAGUGAGCGAUCCAUGGUUCCUUUGAAGCUGAAAAGCAAGAUGAUUGGAAUGGAGGUUGAUGGAGGUGUUUGGUUGGGUUUGGAAGCUAGGAAUUGAGAAUACGUGCGAUUGAAAGUUACAGCAUGUUAGGCUUGGAAUUAUGAGUACAGUAU